GUCAACAAAUAAAUUAAUAUAUUAUGAAUCUAAAAUUAUUUGUAAAAAAUAUGUACAUGUUGCGCCUCCACCAUUCGCGGCCUAGGUUAUAAAUAUUCAUAUAUUUAGAAGCUAAAUGAGCUCUACCUGUAAAAGCAAGCUAAGUACAAGAAAACAAGUUUCCAAAGGCGCAGGAAAUCGAGCUUUGGAGAUGGCAAAUGAAGUCAACAUUGAUGAGAUUUCACGACAAGAAGAGUCUCUUAGAACGCGGAGAUCAUCGUUGGGGAAGGUUCGAUACAUCGAUUCGUUCCAUUUAGAAGCAGGAAAGGUUUCGAACAUCAAUUCCCAUGUUGGCAAGGAUGGUUGGAUACGUACGUUGCACUUGGCUUUCCAAAGUAUUGGGAUUGUGUACGGCGACAUGGGUACGUCGCCACUCUACGUGUACGCGGGCACCUUCCCUGAUGGGAUCACCGUUGAUGACGAUCUCUACGGCGUGCUCUCCCUCAUUAUCUACACUCUCCUCCUCCUCUCUUUGCUCAAGUACGUGUUCAUCGUUCUAUGGGCCAACGACAAUGGAGAUGGCGGGACUUUUGCACUCUACUCUCUGAUAUCAAGGUAUGCGAAGGUUAGCUUGAUUCCAAAUCAACAAGCUGAGGAUGCAAUGGUCUCAAACUACAAACUGCAAACACCAUCAACCAGAAUGAGAAGGGCACAGUGGAUGAAGCAAAAGUUGGAGGGGAGUGUCAGAGUCCAAGUUGCACUCUUCGUCAUCACAAUACUUGCCACUUCAAUGGUUAUUGGUGAUGGAGUCCUAACUCCUUGUAUUUCUGUGCUAUCUGCAGUAAGUGGGAUCAAGGAAAAAGCAACCUCCUUGACUGAAGGAAAAAUUGUUAUCAUUUCUAUAGUGAUCCUACUAUUGUUAUUUGCCAUUCAGCGUCUCGGAACAGAUAAAGUUGGUUACUCCUUCGCUCCGAUCAUCUUUAUAUGGUUUCUUCUAAUCGGCGGUAUCGGAAUCUACAACUUGUUCAAGUACGAUGUGGGUGUUUUGCGCGCAUUCAAUCCAAAAUACAUUGUGGACUACUUCAAAAGAAAUGGAAAACAAGGUUGGAUCUCCCUUGGUGGUGUUAUCCUUUGCAUUACAGGAACUGAAGCUAUGUUUGCUGAUCUAGGCCACUUUAACAUCAGAGCUAUCCAGAUAAGCUUUAGUUUUCUGUUGCUGCCUUCAGUAUCGCUAGCUUACAUUGGUCAAGCUGCAUAUCUGACAAAAUAUCCAGCUAAUGUUGGUGAUACGUUCUACAAAUCCAUUCCCGGUCCACUAUUCUGGCCAACAUUUAUAGUUGCUGUUGCUGCAUCCAUUAUUGCCAGCCAAGCUAUGAUUUCCGGCGCAUUUGCGAUAAUAUGGCAGUCGCAAAGUUUGGGCUGCUUUCCGAGGGUUAAAGUAAUGCAUACUUCUGCAAAGUAUGAAGGGCAGGUCUACAUUCCAGAAAUCAACUUUGUUCUCGCAGUUGCUUGUGUCAUCGUAACAGCGGUCUUUAGAACAACCGUAAGGAUCGGCAAUGCAUACGGAAUCGCGGUUGUUUUCGUGAUGACGAUCACGACAUUCAUGGUGACACUCAUCAUGCUUCUCAUAUGGCAAACAAGCAUUUGGUGGAUUACGCUAUUCGUGGUAGUGUUUGGCGGAGUAGAGUUAGUGUAUCUAUCUUCGGUUUUAUACAAAUUUGUGCAGGGCGGAUAUUUACCGCUAGCCUUCGCAUUUAUUCUGAUGAUGAUGAUGGGCAUAUGGCAUUAUGUACAUGUGAAGAAGUACAAGUUCGAACUUCAUAAUAUAGUUUCUAGUGACUACAUAAGGGAAUUGGCUCAGAAACAAACCCUAAGAAGAAUACCUGGUAUCGGGCUGUUGUACUCUGAACUCGUGCAAGGCGUCCCGCCAAUAUUCUCACACUUCACCGAAAAGAUACCAUCUAUUCAUUCAGUCGUUGUUAUUGUCUCGAUAAAACAGCUACCAAUCCCUCAUGUUGAGAUAGCAGAACGAUAUCUUUUUAGACAAGUUGAACCGAGUGAUUUCAGAUUGUACCGCUGCGUGGUGCGAUAUGGUUACAUUGAUGCCCUAGAAGAGCCGAAGGCGUUUGAACGGUCGCUCAUUCAACAGUUGAAAAAUUAUAUCGAGGAGGAGAAUAUCUUACGAAAAAGUGAUGCACCGAGGCAAAGUGAAGUUCAGCUUGAGGAGCUGAAUGAUAAUACAAAGCCGCGAUCGGGAUCUUCAACCGUACACAUAGAGGAGACAUUGGAACAAAAUAUUUUGUCGAACGAAACACACUCUUCUGAGCGAAUUUCUAUUGAGAAAAGCCACAAAAUUGAAGAAGAGAAACAAAUCAUCGAGAAGGAGCUCGAGAAAGGAGUUGUAUACCUCGUCGGAGAAGCCGAUGUGAUGGCGAAGCAAGACUCUUCUAUCCUAAAGAAAAUAAUCGUAAAUUAUAUAUACAACUUCAUGAGGCGGAAUUCCAGGCAGGGAGAUCGAGUUUUGAUGAUUCCACGAGACAAACUGCUCAAAGUAGGGAUGACAUAUGAGAUAUGAAAUGUUUUUAAAGAUGAUUUGCUAUACAAUGCUUAGUCCACAUGAAAUCUAUGGAGAAAGAAAAAGCACAUGAAAAUUAUCAUUUUCAGGAA